AUGAAGUGGGGAGUUCUCUUGGGCACGGCGUUAGCCACGCUCAGUAAUGCAUUGAUCCGCUUUCAAUGCUCGCAGCUAGUCGUGGAAAGACUUGACCCCCUGGUCAACCCGGGAAUGGCGCCGUCGGUGCAUGUUCAUCAGAUUGUUGGCGGCAACUCGUUCAACACCACCAUGGAUCCCAAGAAAGAUAUGCCUGGGGAGUCAACCUGCACGACAUGCUCAUUCAGUGAAGACUUUUCCAACUACUGGACCGCCGUUCUGUAUUUCCGCGCCAGGAACGGCACCUUUAAGCGCGUCCCACAGACCUCGCAGAUAUCUGGAGGCCAAGGCGGUAUCACUGUGUAUUACAUGCAAGAUGCCCUGUAUGAUACUCAGCAAAAGUCCAAAGUCACAGCUUUCAAGCCGGGUUUCCGCAUGUUCAUUGGCGACGUCAACGCGCGCACCAAGGCCGAAGUAUCCAAAUUCCGACAGCUGACCUACACAUGCAUGCAGAACGAGGGAACACGGGAGCCCGAGACGCUCGCGUUCCCAACGACGCCGUGCCCGGCCGGCAUCAUGGUCAAUGCCCGGUUCCCGACGUGCUGGGACGGCGUCAACCUCGACUCCCCGGACCACAUGGCCCACAUGGCGUACCCGGAGAACGGCACCUUUGAGAGCGGCGGCCCUUGCCCGGCCACGCACCCCGUGCGCACCGCCCAGGUCCUCUUCGAGGUCGUCUGGGAUACGAAGCAGUUCAAUAACAAGGCCGACUGGCCCGAGGACGGCAGCCAACCCUUUGUCUGGUCCUUUGGUGAUGCCACUGGCUACGCCAACCAUGCCGACUAUGUCUUUGGGUGGAAGGGGGAUGCUCUGCAGCGCCUCAUGGAUACCGCUUGCGUCGUCAACUGCCCCGCGGCCAAGGCUACUACCCAGUCCUCUGCUGCAAUGAACCAGUGCACCAAGCAGCGUGUUGUGAAUGAGGAUGUCGAUGGAUGGCUGACAAGUCUUCCCGGAGGACACGAAGUUCAGUAUGGUCCAUGA